UUACAUAUAAACCAUUUUACCACCAUAUGUUCUAUUUUUAUAGAAACAAUAACUUUAAACUAGUCUUCUAGUAACAGAUAUCAAAUAGUAGUUGUAUACAAUACAUUUUCAUCGGCGAGGAGAAGUAUGCUAAGCAUCCGUCGAGCAAUUCUUCAAGCGUCGCCGCGUUCUUCCCAGACAUAUAAUGGAUUCCUCGGAGAUGCGCCUUUGAAGUCGGUUUUCAACUGUUCCAAUGUGCGGACUAUAAAGGAGGCGAGUGGAGACAUUCUAGGCGGGGUGGGGGAAGCGGCUAAGCCGGCAAUGGGUGGUACGUCGGAGACUGGACGGAGCACGACAGAGAGCAGCGGAAUCACAGGGGACAAGGGCAUCCACACUGCGGAUAAGACAUCGGCUGCAAAAACUACUAAGAAUAUCUCCGACAGGAUGAUUCAUGAAGCUGAAGAUAAAUUGGACGAGGAAACAACCCAUCAGCCAACAGAUAGUAGUGUGGAGGAUUUGAGGAGCCGCGAGAAAGGCUAUGAUUAAGUUACCUUUAGUCUAAAUAAGUUUUAAGAAAGUUGAAAGUACUAAUAAUUCUAAGAGUUCAUGUACUCUUAUGGAAAAAACAUGUACUCUAACAUUGCAAGAUUUUCAUGAGUUUUACGGAAUUAAUAAAAAGGACAGAGGGAAGUUUACAAGCG